AUGUACGAGGUGAUGUCCGGUGACACCCUGUCCUGGAAGGUACCCAGUCCAAGACAAAGUGAGACCGAUCCCACCUCUGAGGAGCCGUUCUCUGGGGACGGAGGGCCAAUCAAAAUCAUUAAAGUGUGCUUCUGUACCAACAACAACCUGGGAAAGAACUUCAAGCUGGUCAAAUGUGACAGUGCCUGGCAAAUCAAGACUAUCAUUCAUUCGAUCCUUGUCAGUGGUCGAUUGGGGCCAAAUGUGGUGCUCACAGGAUGCUACGGUCUCAUGCUUAAGCACUUAAAGUCUGAAGAACUUCAUUGGCUCCACCCAGAUCUGACCGUAGGUGAAGUGGAGCAGCGCUACGAGAGCCAUCACGUGGAGGCCGAGUGGAGGUAUGACCUCCGGAUCAGAUAUGUUCCUGUUAAUUUCUUGGAGAAAUUCCAGGAUGACAGAUCGACGUUUAUGUAUUUUUACCACCAGGUGCGGAGUGACUACAUGCAGUAUCAUGCUACGAAGGUCAGUGAUGGGAUGGCGCUGCAGCUUGGUUGUUUGGAGAUCAGGAGGUUCUAUAAAGACAUGAAUGCAAAAGGGCUUGAAAAGAAAUCGAACUUUGAGCUUCUAGAAAAAGAAGUGGGCCUGGACCUUUUCUUUCCUCAGCAGCUGAUUAAUAGCAUGAAGUCAAAACAGCUACGGAAGCUGAUUCAGCAAACAUUUCAACAGUUUGCAACGCUCAAGGAGGACGGCUGUAUGAUGAAGUUUUUUGAGACACUCAAAGAAUUUGUCAGCUUUGAUGAAGAGGUCUUCCCAUGUGAGCUCGUGCAAGGUUGGAGUUUAUCUGUGGAGCUGGUCAUUGGUGGGAGGGGCAUUCGUCAGCGCACCCAGAAAGAUUCAGCAGCUGUGUUUCUAGCUGACUUCAAACAGAUCAAGAAAAUACAAUGCUCACCACAAAGCGAUGGGAAGGCAGUCCUAAAUGUAGACAUAGAAGGUGCCAGACAGCGACUAUCGGUCAGUGUGGCCACUGUGCCUAUGGCUGAGAAUAUGAUGGACCUAAUUGAUGGAUACUGUCGCCUGGAAAAUGGCACAAAUGACAGUGUUAUUUACAGACCAAACAAAGAUGCUAAGACUUCCCGGAGCUCCCUGCCUGAUAUUCCUACAGUACAAUCCAGCUCCAGUAGGUACAGUAUGGGUUCUGACAUAUACUGUGAGAUUCUUGAUGAGAGGCCUAAAUCAGCUGUGAAGUAUGGCAUCGAUCGAGACGACGUCGUCCUUGGACGGAUUCUUGGUGAAGGUUUUUUUGGCGAAGUUUAUGAUGGAAUGUACAAAAAAGCUAAUGGUGACAGGGUUAGUGUGGCAGUAAAGACCUGCAAGGACUGUUCAUUCGACGUGAUGGAGAAAUUCAUGAGUGAAGCAGUUAUUAUGAAGAAACUCGACCAUCCCCACAUUGUCAAGUUGAUUGGAAUCAUAGAGGAGGAUCCUGUGUGGAUUGUCAUGGAGCUUUAUCAGUACGGAGAGCUUGGAAACUACCUGACUCAGAACCAAAACAAACUGACAAACACAACUCUGGUGCUGUUCAGCGUGCAGAUCUGCAAAGCCCUCGUCUAUCUGGAAGGGCUCAACAUGGUGCACAGAGACAUUGCAGUUCGGAACGUGCUGGUCGCCAGCCCGGACUGUGUGAAGCUUGGAGACUUUGGUUUGUCAAGAUACAUUGAGGAUGAAGAAUACUACAAAGCAUCUGUUACUCGAUUACCAAUCAAGUGGAUGGCCCCAGAAUCCAUCAACUUUAGACGUUUCACCUCAGCCAGUGAUGUCUGGAUGUUUGCUGUGUGUGUGUGGGAGAUCAUGAGUCGUGGCCAGCAGCCAUUUUUCUGGCUGGAGAAUCGAGAUGUGAUCAACCAGCUGGAGCAGGGCAUCCGGCUGCCCAAACCAGAUGACUGCCCUCCUGCUCUCUACUCACUCAUGACCCGUUGCUGGUCUUACGACCACAGAGAGAGGCCCAGUUUCACCGAGCUUGUGCUCAAAAUCAGUGACGUCCUCAAGAUGGAGAAGGAGCUGGAUGUGGAGAGAGAAAGAGACAGAGCACGGUCCACCAAAUAUUUCGAACCCAAGUUUAACUUUACUGAACCUCCUCCCAAGCCUUCAAGAAUGAUGCCAGGGCGCUUUGGGAACACGCUUAGCAUCGGCCUGCACAUUCAGCUGGAUGAAGCCCUGUGUGCCAGCUCUCCUGACCUGGCCAGCCCAUGUGAAUAUCAGUCUCCAGUUGACUCCAGGAACACUCUUGCGCUGCCAGCCAGGUCCCCCCGCCGCCGCAGCAUGGGGGAGAGUGAGUUUCCAAGAGUGAAACCUAGCACCAUGGAGGACGCCCAGCGCCUGUGGCAAAGGGAACGGCAGUACAUGCAGGACACACUACGCCAGCAGAAAGAGCAGAUGGUGGAGGAUAAGAAGUGGCUGGCACAGGAGGAGAGACUCCUGGACCCUAUGGGAACAGAGGAGGCCGCCUCUCCAGGGUCUCCCAAUGCUGAUAGUGAGAAUGCACCUCCUGAGAAGCCCCCACGACUCACAGCAAAGGCUCCACCCACAGCGGAACUGGACCGUUCUGAGGACAAAGUGUACCACUCAGUUAUGGACUUGGUCAAAGUUGUUGUCCAGCUAAAGAAUGACAUCACUGAGCUUGAGCCAGAACGAUACAUUACUAUUGUCAAGUCUGUUGGGAUGGCCUUAAGGGAUCUGAUUCACAGUGUGGAUGAAGUAUUGCCCACCCUACACGAGUCGAUCAGGACUGAGAUUGAAGGCACCCAGAAGCUGCUUAACAACGACAUGGCGGACCUCAUCAGCAAAAUGCGGCUGGCCCAGCAGAAUGCCAUCACUUCUUUAAAGGAGGAGUGCAAGAAACAGAUGCUGGCUGCUGCACAUACUCUGGCUAUGGACAGCAAGAACAUGCUGGAUGCUGUGGACCAAGCAAGAGUCAGGGCUAAUUUAGCUAAACCAGCUGACCAAUAG